GAACCUCCGCAGCCCUGUAGGUUUGGACGGCUUAAAUCCACAUUUGGAAGGGCUUUUUCCAUUCCAAAUGAUUUGCUGGCUUAAGCGCUUAGUUAGGAUGGCUUUUGAACAAGUUGGAUUAAACAUGGAAUCGGUGCUUUGGUCAAGCAAGCCAUAUGGUUCAUCUCGAAGUAUUGUAAGAAAAAUUGGUACUAACCUCUCUCUUAUACAGUGUCCAAGAGUUCAGUUUCAGCUUACUUCUCAUGCCACAGAAGGAAACCACCCUAGUCAACUUAGAGAAGAUGCGGUGGCCUCCUUUGCAGAUGUGGGAUGGGUUGCUCAAGAAGAAGGUGAAAUCUCUACAAGGCUCAGGUCAGAAGUUUGGUCAAAAACAGCUCAGCCUCUUCCUGGUGAACUGCAUAAUUCUGGAAAGUCCCUGUGCAGACAGAUGUCCUCAGAAAACCCGUUGGAAGAACCACCAGUGUCCAGGAGCACAGUGACUGCCAAUGAAGAAGCUCUGCAGAAGAUCAGCGCCCUAGAAAAUGAACUGGCCAAUCUAAGAGCUCAAAUAGCCAAAAUUGUAAUCUUGCAAGAACAACAGAACCUGACAGCAG